AUGCACAACUCCUGCCCCGCCGUGCCAACCGUCAACUUGUCAAGGAACAAGAGGCAGGGUCAGGCGGGAUUGAACGCAUGGCAGGCGAUCUCCUCCCUCUUGACGACUGGCAAUGAAGCCUUCGCUGUUACAGGCACCAUGGACCGCGACGCCAUCACUGCAUUUAUCGCUUCUCACAUCCCGUCCGAGGGGCGAGUUGCGCCAGGUGCGGCUUCCGGGCCGGCAUCAGCGCCGUUCCGGUCGGAUGCCGCCAACGGAUCUCAAGUUUUACGCAGUGUUAAGAAAGGGGAAAAGUGGGAUGCCGACACUUUCAGGGAACACAUCCAAGAUGUCGUGAACAUGAUCCAGUCCGUCAUGGCGCCCCAGGAGGGCCAAGGCAGCCUCUCAGCUGUGGACGCAAAGACGCGAGACCUCUUCCCCUUCGUGGUCUGUCGUUGCCGCCACAACCUCCUAGCCCGUGUGAACGACGGCGGCAAGAUGUGGGGCCUUGCGACGCACCCGAUGACCUAUAUCCACGAGCAGCUCGAAACGAGUGCAACUCGCGGCUCGAUCCCCGAUCAGACCUUCGUCCUGCUUCCAAACGCGCUGCGGUCGACCUUCGAACGCGAAGAGAUCCCUCCCGCCCAGCCAUGGGCCAAGCUCUUCAAAUACAGCGUCGACACCAUACAGACGACCCUCGAGGAGUUGGUGGCGCGCUCGGAGGUGAAAGCGAAGCGGCGCAAGACCGAGACGCUGGAAGAGCGCAAGACCAGGGUGCUGGAGGCGCUCAAGAAGGUUUCCGAUCUGUAUGACGCGAUGCAGCUGCUGAAGCGCCUCCUCGACAGCAAGGUACUCGAGUUUCUCCUCACUCCUGCCAUCCAGAGGAAGUUGGGUGAGAUGCGCAAAGGGAUAUCCACGGCGAGGUGUUCCCGUGUGGAAGCGCUCGUCAUGGAGGCCUCCGGACGCAAAUCCGAAAUUGGAGGCGAUGUAGAGGAGGAAGAGGCGUUUCUUGAUGACGGCGAUGGGGACGACGACUGUCUUGCCCGAUACCUGAAGAGCCUCCUCGUGCCCCUCGACAUCGUGACCGCCAUAGUCUUUUUGCCGACACCAUCCCACCCUCCCCGCGUGUCUGCUAUCUAUGUCGACGACGGACCCCUGGAGCCGUUGGAUGCCCGGCCCUUUGUUGACGACGUUCUCAAGGUGAUCCAAGAUGUCUUGCAGGAGAAGAAAAUCAACGUCCCUGCGGCAGAACUCCAGAAGGCGCUGGACACUGCGGUCGGGAAGGUCAACGAAGCAAGCGUGCACGCGGAGGCUAAGCUCAUGGCCCGGGCGUUGUCUGCGCAUGCAGCGAAAGACGCACCCCUCGAGGGGCAUGGAACGUCGGCGGAGACGUUGGACUUGAUGAAAAGUGUAUUCAAGGACGACACGAUCGCUAUGGGCGUCAGCCAAAAGUGCUGCUACUGCUGCCAUCUCCUCGCUCAGCUCAUCGCCGAACGUCAAUCCGACAGAGUGCAGUUCGUCCUCCCGGGCACCCGCUCCGCCGUUCUUCCUUGGUACCCUCCGGAUGGACUUCCCAUCGACGUCCUCAAGCGCAUGAGGGACGAGCUUUACGAUGCGGUGAGGGAGAGGGUGGCGGACGCCACGUUCGUUCCCGGCUCGACGCAGACGAUACCACUGCACCUCGACUUCGACCUCCCUGAGCAAGGUGAUGCCUCAUGGUUGAGCGCCGACUAG